AUGGACGAUCCCGAGCUUAUAACGUUUGAUCGUCCAAGCGUAUGUGCUAAGCCGGGAAAACUCGUUAGCGGAACAAUCGUCGGAAGCAAUUACAGCUACGGUUCUGUGAUCAAGUUUAAAUGCAAUAAAGGCUACAAGUUAAGAGGCUCAGCCAAGUUAAAGUGCAAUGCGGGUGUAUGGGAGGGUCAAUUUCCAGAGUGUGAAGUAUGUGUCCGGGUCGGAGCAGUGUUUUGGGGAUUUUGGAAAAAUAAUAUGAAAGCAGACAAUUACUGGAAAGCUUCCAUCACAAAGAUAACUGCAACACAUUUUGACUUCGCAUUGGUAAACAAUAACAAACUGACACGUAGUUACCGAAGGACUGAUCGAAAGCUCAUCAUUGAUAAAGUACCAUCCAUAGGGGACUUAUUACCUAGCUCGCCUGUUAUAGCCCAUCAGUUUGGCUACUCAGGGUGGUAUCGAACUGGAAAAGUUAAUGAUACUUCAGGUGACUCUUUGGUGGAAGUGCAGUUUGACGAUGGCUCCGGGUGCAAUCAACCAACCUAUCCUCAUGGCUCAGUCAUCAUUCAUUCCACUCAGCGAGAAAAGUACCAAAACAGCCAAGUAAUUCUCUUUGGCUGUAAACAGGGUUUUUAUCUGGAUGGAAUACCAAUUAUAACAUGCAAUGGGAACAAAUGGACACAGACACACUUCCGAUGUCUAGGGUUUUGUCCCGAGUUGCGUAACAUUUUAAAUGGUGAAGUAUCUAAUGUGAACCCAAAAGUUGGUAAGGCUGCCAUAGAAUUUCGCUGUGCUAAUAACAGUUUCCAGCUGAUCGGUAACACAAGGUUGGAGUGCAUAGAUGGACGAUGGAAUGGAAAGUUACCCUACUGCCGCAAGUUGCCGUCGUGCGUUCGACUGCAAAGUCCAGCGAACGGUACACUACAUGGUAGUGACAACAGCCAUAGUGCAGAAGCAAAAUUCACUUGUUUUACAGGCUUUGAUCUAUUUGGGGCUCCAACAUUAACAUGCAACAAGGGUGUUUGGAGUUCACGUGUUCCAACUUGUAAAGCUUACUGCACGAAGAUUAGGGAUCUGCCAAAUGGACACGUGUUUGGCACACGCUUCUCCCAUGGCCAAGAGGUUUCUUUCAAAUGCAAACAUGGUUAUGAGUUGGAAGGAGAUCACAGCCUUCGUUGUAUUAAUGGAAAAUGGAAUUCUUCCGUCCCGCAAUGUAAAGUUAUGCAAUGUGUAAAACCCUCCAUUCCACGUAAUUCGCGUAUCAUAUAUCCACGAACAGAUCAAGUGAGAUACACACACGGUACAACUCUUUAUCUGGCUUGUCAACAAGGUCAUCUUUUAACGGGAUCGCCGAUUAUGGUGUGUAACUAUACGACGUGGCUGAAAAGAGAAUUCAAGUGCAUCGCUUCCUGUCCCAUCCUUGGACCAAUAAAGAAUGGAGUCAUCACACAUGUAACACGGAAGGGUGGUGGUGAAGUUGAAAUAAAGUGCCAUGCUAAUUAUACGUUAUUCGGAUCCUCAAGAUUGAGCUGCAUAAAUGGAGAAUGGAGCAGCAGUAUUCCUUCGUGUAAAGGCUCUAACGGCUGCCCCAGAACAAAUAACGUGCGAUUUUGUGGCAAGACUUGCUCGACUGACGGAGAUUGCCGAGGAAAUAGAAAAUGUUUAUGUGAUGGAGACUGUGGAAUGAUUUGCGUUAAAAACAACCUCAGAUGUGAAAACUUACCUAAGGUAGAAAACGGGCGUUCCUGCUUCAGCAACGCCAGCUACUUUCGCAGCGUGGUGACAUAUAAGUGUCAGAAACUGUAUAAACUCCGCGGCUCAGAAACACGAACUUGUAGAGCUACAGGGAAAUGGGAUGGAAAGAGAACGAGAUGCAGCUCUAACGGCUGCCCCAGAACAAAUAACGUGCGAUUUUGUGGCAAGACUUGCUCGACUGACGGAGAUUGCCGAGGAAAUAGAAAAUGUUUAUGUGAUGGAGACUGUGGAAUGAUUUGCGUUAAAAACAACCUCAGAUGUGAAAACUUACCUAAGGUAGAAAACGGGCGUUCCUGCUUCAGCAACGCCAGCUACUUUCGCAGCGUGGUGACAUAUAAGUGUCAGAAACUGUAUAAACUCCGCGGCUCAGAAACACGAACUUGUAGAGCUACAGGGAAAUGGGAUGGAAAGAGAACGAGAUGCAGAACUCCUCGAAUACGGUGCCAGGAAAACGGAAAAUGGAAUGCUCCAAAGCCAAAAUGCAUCCUUCCCUCAUGUGACAAGCCGAACAUUCCAGAUGAAGCUGCUGUUAUCUAUCCACGGUCAAUGGAUAGGGAAUUCAAGUACGGUGACAAAGUGCUAUUGAAAUGCAAGGAAGGAUAUUUUAAGUCAGGACUUGGUGUUUACCAAUGUAAGAAAGGCAACAUAUGGAGUGGAGGCAUCAUUUGCUCACGUGUAUGUGCUGAGCCGGGAAAACUCAUUAACGGAAACGUUGUUGGAAGCAAUUACAGCCACGGUUCUGUGAUCAAGUUAGAAUGUAAUAAAGGCUACGAGUUAAGAGGCUCAGCCGAGUUAAUGUGCAAAGGGGGUGUAUGGGAAGGUCAAUUUCCAGAGUGUGAAGAAUGUGUCCGGGUUGGAGCAGUGUUUUGGGGAUUUUGGAGAAAGAGUAUGAAAGCAGACGAUUACUGGAAAGCUUCCAUCACAAGGAUAAAUGCAACACAUUUCGACUUCGCAUUGGUAAACGAUAAGAAACUGACGCGUAGUUACCGAAGGACUGAUCGAAAGCUCAUCAUUGAUAAAGUACCAUCUAUAGGGAACUUAUUACCUAACUUGCCCGUUAUAGCCAAUCAGUUUGUCCUUCCAGGGUGGUAUCACUCUGGAAAAGUUAUUGGUACUUCAGGAGGCUCUUGGGUGUACGUGCAUUUUGAUGACGGUGAAAAAAAAUGGGUUCCGCUUGGACGUGUUCGUUUACGUUCUUACCCUGGCUUUUGUUCUGACGUUGAUUAAAACAUAACAAAUAAUGGACUGCUUAAAUUUGAGAAUAACUCAGAUACUGUUUCCUGCUUGAAAAAAAAAGUUAUCUGCAGCCAUGUAGGUUGUUGUUUGUGUGUAUUGAGACAAGUUGCUUGACCCUUUUUUUCAUGAAUAGCGCUCCCUGUAAAAUUAAGAGCGAAGCAAAUUAGUACUAGGAGUGCAAUCAGGUGAAACCAACAUCUUAGAUAGGAUAGAAACCAAGUUUAGCGUGUUGUUUUGUUUUUUUGCUCAGCCCCAGCCCCAGAUCGUGUCACAAGGGUAAUAAACAUACUUCUCCUAAGGUUCCUAAGCUCAUGUAAAUUCAGACUAGUCUAGUCAAAUAUGGAGCAAGUUAAAGGAUACAGCGAGCUCGAAAGAUAAUCAACCUAAAAGCAACAAAACCACUUG